GCUCCUCAUACUUUUCUUUCCUCUCGGCUUGCAGGAAUUCCUGGAGUUAAGGGUUCACUGCUUGAAGAGUUCGGCAUUUGCUUGCUGACAUAUGAUCUCCCUGGGUUUGGGGAGAGUGAUCCACAUCCCAAUCGAAAUCUUGAAACUUCAGCGGCAGAUAUGUUAUUUCUAGCAGACUCGCUCGGCCUUAAAAAGUUUUGGGUUGUUGGCUACUCAAGUGGAAGUAUGCAUGCUUGGGCUGCACUUAGAUACAUUCCUGAUAGACUAGCAGGUGCGGCCAUGUUUGCUCCCAUGGUAAACCCAUAUGAUCGUCUCAUGACAAGGGAAGAGAGACGAAGAGCCUGGGACAAAUGGACAAGAAAAAGAAAAUUCAUGUAUUUUUUAGCUCGGAGGUGUCCUAGGUUUCUCGCUUUCUUCUAUCGGCGAAGCUUCUUGUCAGGAAAGCAUGGUCAGAUUGAUAAGUGGCUGUCAUUGUCUCUGGGAAAGAGGGAUAAAGCACUGAUGGAAGAUCCAAUCUAUGAGGAAUUCUGGCAAAGGGAUGUGGAAGAAUCAAUCAGGCAAGGAAAUGCAAAACCCUUUUUGGAGGAAGCUGCUCUGCAGGUCUCAAACUGGGGUUUCAGCCUGUUGGACCUCAAGUUGCAGAAGAAAAAACGGAGCGGAAGUGCUGAUUUGCUCAUUUGGCUGAAGUCAAUGUUCAUUGAAGUUCAGGAGGAAUACACGGGUUUUCUUGGCCCAAUACAUAUAUGGCAAGGAAUGGAUGAUAAAGUGGUUCCUCCAUCAAUGACUGAUUUCGUGCACCGAAUACUACCUGGAGCUGCAGUGCAUAAGCUACCAUAUGAAGGACAUUUCACAUAUAUCUACUUUUGUGAUGAAUGCCAUAGACAGAUAUUUACAACACUUUUUGGAACCCCACAAGGUCCACUCACUAUUUCCUCAGAACAAGAUGAAAAUGAAACUACCACCCUAGAUGAAAAAAAUGUUGAACAACAGCCAGAAGAAGUAGUAGCAAACCAUGGUGAACUUUGAUAAUGCCACAAACUAGCUAGAACAAGUACACAUAGGACAUAAUAGGAUAAAAAUGCUCUUUUUUUUCCCCCUAUUUUCCUUUUUUUUUGUUUUCCCUCCUGGCAGAACAUCACAAUUUUAUCAUUCUAUGAUGUACAUACCAUAUAGUUUUUGCUUCAUCUCUAAUGGAGCAUUUAUAGGAAAGAAAAUAAAAAUCAACAUUUGAAACUUGCUUUUGGUUGUAGUACUCAGAUAUGGCACGAAUAUUGGAAUUCACUCCAAAUUUGUGUUGCUGAAAAACUGAUGUGAUGCCCUUUUUUACCCUGGAUGAAGA